AUGGCUCAGAAACGAACAACAGCUGCGAUGGCUCAGAAACGAACAACAGCUGCGAUGGCUCAGAAACGAACAACAGCUGCGAUGGCUCAGAAACGAACAACAGCUCUGCGAUGGCUCAGAAACGAACAACAGCUGCGAUGGCUCAGAAACGAACAACAGCUGCGAUGGCUCAGAAACGAACAACAGCUGCGAUGGCUCAGAAAACGAACAACAGCUGCGAUGGCUCAGAAACGAACAACAGCUGCGAUGGCUCAGAAACGAACAACAGCUGCGAUGGCUCAGAAACGAACAACAGCUGCGAUGGCUCAGAAACGAACAACAGCUGCGAUGGCUCAGAAACGAACAACAGCUGCGAUGGCUCAGAAACGAACAACAGCUGCGAUGGCUCAGAAACGAACAACAGCUGCGAUUGCACAAAAGCAGUCUCAGUAA